AUGAACUACUCAUCUGACUCUUGUUGUGACCCGUCGUCCGAAGAUGACGGGUUCCGUUCAAUUCAAGGGAAAGGGGAAGACCUAUCAUCAGACGACUCUGAAGUUUAUGAUGAAGUUGUCUUAAAAUCUUCUGAAAUGAAAGAAAUAAAUAAUAAAAAUAAAGAGGUUAAAGUAGAAAGAAAGAAGAAGAAGAAGAAGAAAAUAAUAAAAACGGAAGUUAAGAAGAAGAAUAUAAAAAAUGUUUCUAAAAAGAAGAAAAAUAAGAGAGAAACACGUUCUCGCAGUAAUUCAACUCCAGAAAAUAAUUUUGGAGAAGAAGAAGAAGAAAAUUCACCACCAACAAAACUACGCCAUUAUUUGCCUAGGGUGGCAAAGGACUUUACCAAUGCUAUAAAGCUUAGUAAUGCUACACCUCAAUUUCAAAAUCAACGAAAUAUCGGGCGUCGAAUUCGUUCUGAUAGUGGUCAAUCGUCUCGUACAUAUUCUAGGUUAAUAAUUUCUGUUAUGUAA